UAUCUCAAUCCUUCUCUCCUUGUGAUUCAUAUCUAAAUCCUCUCUCUCUCUGCUUCCUCAAAUUUCACAGUUUCUUUCGAAAUCUGCCCUCGAAUUUUACAUUAAUUACAUAAAUGUCCGGAAUCUUAGUUAAUUGCGCCGCUAACUCCCUCCGCUUCUCGCCGGGAACCAGCCUUCCUCAUCCGAAGCCAACCAGAUCACACAACGGCACCGCGCGGUUCCCCACCGGAGCUAACUCGUUCAGAGCUUCCGCGCAGACUCUCAACGCGGAGCCAGCUGUAACCGUUCGCCGGCGAGCGUCGAGCCUCUACGAGCUGCUGAAAGUCAACGAAACGGCGUCCUUGCCGGAGAUCAAGACGGCGUACCGGAGCCUAGCUAAAGUCUACCAUCCCGACGCGUCGGAGUCGGACGGGCGAGAUUUCAUGGAGAUCCACAAAGCUUACGCGACGCUCGCGGAUCCGACGACGAGAGCGAUCUACGAUUCGACGCUGGGAGCGCGACGGAGACGUGUGCAGGUCGGGGCGAUGGGUCGGGCGGGUCGGGUGUAUUCGACGACCCGGAGAUGGGAGACGGAUCAGUGUUGGUGAUUUAGGUUUCAGGUGAUGAUGACUUUGCAGCAAGGGCACUUUUUUUUACUUCAUUUUUCCCCUUUUGUUACUUUUUUUUUUCCUUUUGUCGUGUAUUGGGAAAAUUAAGGGGAAAGAUAAGUUUUAUCAGUCCUUAGCUUUAACUUUGUUAACAUAAAUUAUGAAUAGAGAGAUGUAUAUUAUUUUUGUUUUCUGGUUUA